UUACGCUAGAUACAAGUGACGCAUACGCUUAUUUGGAUGAGGAGUUAGAUAUGUUUUGAUACCAUGGCGUAAGAUAGCGUUGUCUCUAAGUAUUUUUGUAAUAUGACAGAACAAAUAUAAAACUAAUAAGAUUCAUUUGUUACAUUAUAUUAGUGCAUCGUUGUAUCUUUGUAAUAAAUAGGCUACAAAAGAAACAAUAGCGCUGUAAGUCUCGCAAGCUCCACCUUCUUCCGCGCUCAUAAAUUGUGUUUACAAACUUUCAUUUCGGCAGAAGUUUCUCUCAAACGCAGAAGUCAAGAUCCUUCAAAAUGAAAGGCUAUAUUUUCAUCACAGUCCUGGCGUUCACCUUUCUCCAAAGAUCCACAGCUUCUUUGGAGGUAAAAGGUCCAACUGAGCCGAUUCUGGAAGGACAAGAUGUGACAUUGGAGUGUGUGGAUACAGAAUCCAAGUUGAACAUGAGCACAGUACACUUUGAGAGGUUCUCCAAGUACAUGAAGAGGUGGUACCGGCUCGAGUCAGAUCAGGCGUAUUUCUACCGCCGGUGUUUUCUGUAUGACGUGGAUGUGAGAAGGGAGGAAGGCAGACUGCUCGUCUUCAUCGCCAGCAUCCAGUCCUGGUCUGAGGGUCCAUACCGCUGCGUCACUGAGGACAUUUCUGCUGCAGACAACUCCUCCCAACCCCUCACCAUCCCCAUACAUUAUAUGCGGGAGGUGGCUGUGCACAGGGCUGGUUUGGGAUACUUAACACGUUAUUUCAACUCGGUGCAGGACCUCAAAGUACGCUUAGGAGAUGAUGUGGAGCUGGAAUGUUCUACUUCAGCUUCUGAGGCACCUGAGUACUUCUGGGCUAAAGAGGGAGAGGACUGGCUUGUGCCCUCCAAUAAGCUGAAGUUGGAGAAGGUGAGGGAACAAGAUGGAGGAAGAUUCACCUGUUCGGCUCAGUCUCCUACUGUGCGUUCCCUUAUGAAGAAACGUACAAUCAGCAUCACUGUUCUACCAGAGGAUGCAGCAUGGUAUGAGACAACCACCGGUCGCAUUGUUCUCAUGGUAUCUGGAGCAGGAUUGGUCCUUCUGGUGGUUGUGAUAUCCAUGACCACUUACCUCUGCCGCCGAGCCAGACAGAGGAAGAGCAAGGGACCCAUUGAUGACCGCUCCCAGAAGAAACCCAUCUACAGAGCCAGCGUGGAGUCCCUGCCCUCCACCGCCUCUGACAAGCAGCCGCUGGUGUAAAGAGUGAGAUUGAUGGAGGACUGGAGAGGAGAGGAGAGAAAAGAUGACGAGAAAAAAGAUUAGGGAGUAUUGGGUAUUCACAGUGGAAGAGAGUUAAUGAGAGUUUUGCUCAUGGAUUUUGUUAUGCUCUUGGGUCUUCAUUCAGAUAUAUAAUUAGGAGACUGUCUAUGCAGGGAAUCGAAAAAAGUAUACAAAGACGGGACAAAUGAUGGUUUUACUGUGUGUCCUUUCCAGUGUGGAUGGCAGCAGUGCUCUUCAACAAAAGGUGUGCAAUUUUCUCUGUAUUGAUUCAACAACCCUGCAAAAUUGAGAAAUGCUGAAAAGAUGUUUUUGUGAGGUGACAUUGAACGCUUCUUUCUUCCCACCAGCCUUGGUUUGGCUUAUUUCUUCAAACUGAUUAACAUUUCUUGUUAGGAAAACUACCAUCUGCAAGCUGUACGAUAAUUUAGUCAGAUGUAGAAAUUUUAGGGGUAUUGCUUUACAUAAGUAUAUAAUGUUCUGCUUCAUUUGAAAGGACAGUAGAUAAGAUCCAAACUAACACUGAACCAAUUACUCUAGAAGCACUUUGAAACUGUAGCACUUUUUUACACAAGUUUGAUUUUUCCAUAUCUUUGAAUUUAAAGCUAUUAAAAUAAUUUUACAACAUAAUCACCCUCCAGUGUUGUUACUGAUCUAAUUAAGAUAGACGUUCAUGUAUGCCCAACUUUGAAGAAAUCUCAAGAGAGUUCAUCUCUAUGUAAAUGGCAUUUACGCUGUUUAUAAAAAGCUCUUUCCAUUUCAGACUUCCGAGGUAUUAAAAAAUACCUGUAAUUUCUCAGUCAAGAGUUCUGAUACAUAACAUACAUCCCCUAACUGACCAUUACAAAAUACAAAUAAAUAAUAUCACAUGAGCAUGACUGCUUUUGUCUCGAGUGGACUAUCAUGUGAUUUGCAUAUUGUUCUUUUACAACAGCUUAACAAACAAGAAGUUAGUAUUGAGUAACUUAUUGCCAGCUACUUUGUCUGUUUUCCAACGAACCAAUUCUAAAGCAAAAUCAAUACCCGAAUGAACCACUGAUGAGCGAAUCGGUCUAAUGA